UCGGAAGUGGGUCCAUCCAGCCAACGUCCCAGCUCAUGCAUUUUCUGUAUAACUGAACUACUGCUUAGCGGAAAUAUGGCUGGUGAGGAUGACGAUUUGGUCCAUUCAAGGAUGAGUAGAACUCUAAUCAUCCGGCACCUACCCGCUGACCUGUCCAGGGAUGAGAAAGAGGAUCUAUUGAAGUACUUUGGAGCAGUGGCAGUCAGAGUCUUCUCCGAUAAAGGAGUACUGAGACACACAGCCUUUGCUACAUUUGGCAGUGAAAAGUCUGCAGCAAAGGCUCUAAAAAGGCUUCACCAGCUGCAAAUUCUCAACCAUACCCUGGUGGUAGAGUUUGCUAAGGAGCAAGAACAUGUCACAGUUCUGAAAGACCCACCUGUAUCAGACAGUGCAACAGAUGGCAAAGACGUGAAGAAGAAAAAAGAGGUGAAACAGCCAAGUGUUGCCUUAUUAGAAAUGGGCGUCGCACCCAAACUCGGGUUAAAGUUUCAAACAAAUCCCAGUCUGAAAUAUUUAUAUCCACCUCCUUCAAAUGGGAUCCUGACAAACAUAGCACAUGCCCUUCUUAGUGUACCCAAGUUUUACGUUCAGGUUCUGCACCUGAUGAACAAGAUGAAUUUGCCUUCUCCAUUUGGCCCCAUCACAGCAAGACCACCGAUGUUUGAGACGCAUCCAGGACCCCCACCACCUAUGCCACCUCCCUAUCCUCCCCAUUGUCCCCCCCUACCAACAGAUGAGAUGGAUCUGUCCACUGAGGAGUCUGAGUAUGACAGUGGAGACGAUGAGGAUAAAGAGAGGAUGAUUCGCCUGAUGGGUCUGGUCAACCAAGCAUGCAAGAGACCCCUGAGAACUAAAGUGUCCUCCAAGAGAAAGAAACCCAAGUUUAAGGACCUUCUGUUGGUCCCAAAGCCUGACUGUCAGAGUGGUCCAGGACCUACCCUGCAGCCAUCAGACGUGUUUGAGCAGCCCCUGCCCUGCGGACAGAAGAAGAUUGAGUUCCACAUCUCAGCAGAAGUGUCAACCAUUCUCGGAGGAGGCUCCAUUCAGCCACAGGAGGCCACUGAGCCAGCUAAUGAGGCUGAAGGGAGAGCCAUUAAGCCAUCUGUGACAACGGAAGUAUAUGAUGAGAUGGCAACCACAACAACCCAGGAGGAUCCACGGGAGGGCUUUGGGAAGAUCUACCCCGCCAUCCAGGCCUCACAGCAGGAGGAGGAAAGUGAUGAGGAUGAAGAUAUCCCCUCAGAUGUCAUCUCCAGGAAGGAACUAGAAAAGGGAAGGCUGUCCAGAGAUGAGAUAAAAAGAAUGUCUGUGUUCAAAAAUUAUGAACCCGGAGAGCCGACCUGCAGACUUUAUGUGAAGAACAUCGCCAAGUCAGUGGAGGAGAAGGAUCUGAAAUACAUCUAUGGAAGAUACAUUGACAUCUCAUCUGAGGCUGAAAGAAACAUGUUUGACAUAGUGUUGAUGAAGGAUGGCCGUAUGAAGGGCCAGGCGUUUGUAGGACUUCCCAGUGAAAGGAGUGCAGAGAAGGCCCUGAGAGACACCAAUGGUUACGUACUCUACGACAAGCCCCUCGUCGUUUCGUUUGCCAGGUCUGCUAGACCUAAAUCCGACGCCCCGGACCCCAAGAAAGGACCAAAAAUAACACGAUAAACAGAUGUUGAUGUGAAGUUGAAGUUACAUGGUGAUAUUGUGGCCUGGCAGUCCACUCAGUACCAUUUGUAUCCUUCUCUUUCUGUCAUAUCCUUUCAAAAGCUUAUGGUUUACAAUGCCAUGAUACCUGUCUGUUGUCACCUCUUGUGUGCAUAACGUUAGACCCCUGGGCUCCUGAGUCCCUUUUCUGGGGUUUUCAAGUUCCAUUUUUAAUUGGUUGCCUUAGUGCCACCUACAAAACCGUUUUUAUUCUCUAGGUAAUGAUUUGGUUAAACAGCAAUGUUCUUUUUCUGAUAUUCAACUCUCGAUUCUGUUUUUCAAGUUUGAUCUGAGCCACUCUGUGCCCCUCAGUCACCCUCCUCUCAACAAAUAACUGUGACAACAGCAUCCCAUUUGGGCAUGAAACUAGUCCCAUGGGAAACUACUGGCCUGUGCAAUGCAAAUGUCCUUAAUCAAGUGGCAAAAGAUGCAGAAUGAUAUAGCAAGACGAAUGAAUGAGAAACACAAGAUAUAACUAAAUUUACCAUGGCCUGUAAGAUCGCCAAAGACGAGACGCCAUUUACAUAGUUGAAAUCAGGCUCAAUCUCAAGAAUGUUAAAGAUGCAAUAUGUGUUUGCUUUAUUGACAUGAUAGUGGACAAUAUAGAAUGUAUACCAUGGAUUAAGUAGCCUUCUCCCCUACACACUGACAUAAAUUUGUGUUAAGAGAAACCUUUUAAUGGCCUUAUUACUGAUGUUCAGUUGGAGAACAAUGUGCUCAUUACCCAAAACACCCCUGACGUCAACCAAAACACGUCACAAUCUAAUCGUGUUGAAACUGCUACAAGGCCUGGUUUUAAAUAUGUUGUGAAAUCUGUAUAUAGUAGUUGUAAAUAUACUAUGUUUAAACCACACAUUUACAAGUCUAAAACAUCAGGAAUAGCCUUCUAUUCUGAACGUGUGGCUUGUGUGUAGAAUCAUGACUAGUACAUUUUGGCCAGUACAAAAUCUAGUUAUACCAAAACAGAAGGCAUUUACUAUAAUGUAAAAUGAUUAAAUCAACCCAAUACUAAUGUUCUCUACAAUUGCACGAUUAGGUCUAGCCAUGAUUCAUUUUCAAAAACCUACUGUACGACCUAAUGCUAUUAGCCUAAUCAUCAACGUAAAGACAGCUGUCUAAACAAACAUGAAUUCAGUAAUUUGAUUAGAUUUUAUGUAUGAAUAAAGAAAUAUUCCAAAUA